AUGCGGAUUUUACUAUUCCUACUGUUCCUACCUACCGUAUUCUGUCAGUUCCAUCUGUUCAUUGUCAUUUCAUGUGAAUCCUAUUGCCACGUCACCUUCCGUCAUCAUGAAAUGGAAUACUACAGUGUGAUGGAGCACACUGCUCAAAUCGCUCGCCAUUUUGAGGAUCCCGUACCUCAAGUUCUUUUCCAAAUUGACAAUUUCUACAAUACCACUGAUUUCAUGCCGGUGACAACGAAGAUUACAUGGACAAGUUAUUUGAAUAAGACAUUCUACUACAAUCAGGAUGGAGCCAUGAUUGUUGCACAUUACUUUUGUCCAGAAGGUCGCUGCCUAAUCGACAACACUCGAAUCGAAUACAAACGAAGUAUCGAGCAGUGGUGCCUUGGUUUGGUUCUAAUUGGUUUGAUGUUCUUCAUGGUUAUCAGUGGAGCAGCCGAGGCAAUUUACAAAUGGACGAAACAAAAAAUAUUUCGAAGAAGAAGUAAUACUCCACAACCCUAUAAUUCUCUAGAGUUGACGGAUAUGUCAAAGAGAGCGGUGACAUUGACUACAGCCUGA